ACCCUCUCUGCUGUCUGGGGGGCCCUGAGUUGGAUUGUACCGGAGCGGAAACGUGGCUUGUUGUGGAAAGUUCCGAGAUCGGGUGCUGAUUGCUCUGCUUGUGGUGGCACCUAUGUACUAUGGGGUUCUCGGCCAGAUGUCAGCUGCUGCCCGGGACCUUACCAUACAGGACGUGCACACUGCGCUACUCUGAAGUUCCCCAGACUUGUGUUUACAGGGCAGGAGAGGAUAGAUCGGAGGAGAUCUGAUCUAAAUGAGAUCUGAUCUAGAGAGGAUAGAUCGGAGGAGAUGUGAUCUGGAGAGGAUAGAUUGGAUGGGGAUGUGAUCUGAGGAGAUCUGACCUGCAGGGGAUGUGAUCUGAGGAGAUCUGACCUGGAGGGGAUGUGAUCUGAGGAGAUCUGACCUGGAGGGGAUGUGAUCUGGAGAGGAUAGAUCGGAGGGGAUGUGAGGUUGAGCAGCUUCGGAAAUGUUGUGGUCUGUUACAGAGCUAUUUCUGUCUCUUCCCCGUCCCCGCUGCACACUCCUUCCCCCUCCUCUAAUCCUCAGUCUGAUCACACACUCUGCUCCUAAUGGGGUUUUCAGGGGGGCAGAGGAGACCCAGAGAAGCUCCAGAAGUCCUGCCAUGUCCUCAUCUUCUGGAGACCACCACUCACUGAGAAACUUUCUUGAUUUCAGAUGUGUUCUCGGCCGGCUGGAGUGAAAACUCUUCAGAGUACUGAUGGAGGCCAGAGUCCAAAAUGGCAGCGUAUCUCAGCCUUUACUCCAGGCUCGGCGUGACAGCGGGAGACCACAUGGCGAUAUUGACCCAAGGGACAUUUUGACGCAGCAGGUUCAUGUUUUGUCAUUGGAACAGAUAAGAGCUAUACGGAACACUAAUGAGUAUACAGAAGGGCCUACCGUGGCUCCCCGACCUUGGGUUAAACCUCCUCCUCCUCGUCACAUUCCCCAGCACAAAAAUGAAAGGAUACACGUGGUAACAGACCAGAGACAAUUUAGCCGGAGCCCUCUCCCACCAAUGCAUCCCUCGUCACGGGCAUCUUUGUCUCGGUCCAUUAGUACGGGAUCUCGGAGCAGUACAAGGACAAGCACAAGUAGCAGCUCAUCAGAGCAGAGACUUCUAGGUCCUUCGUACUCCUCUUCGGGGCCGGGUGCUGACAGGAUAAUUCGCGUACAACCCAAAGGUGAGCUGAAACCAGAGGAGUUAAAGCCUUCCAGUAAAGAAGACUUGGGCUUACAUGCCUACAGGUGUGAGAGCUGCGGGAAAUGUAAGUGCCAAGAAUGCACUUAUCCUAGAACUCUCCCCUCCUGCUGGAUAUGUGACAAGCAGUGCCUUUGCUCAGCCCAGGAAGUGAUUGACUAUGGAACUUGCGUUUGCUGUGUGAAGUGCCUAUUCUAUCAUUGCUCAAACGACGACGAGGACAAUUGUGCCGACAACCCCUGUUCCUGCAGCCAGUCGCGCUGCUGCACUCGCUGGUCUGCCAUCGGGGUCAUGUCAAUGUUUCUGCCUUGUUUAUGGUGUUACCUUCCAGCCAAGGGUUGCCUUAAACUGUGCCAGGGCUGCUACGACCGGGCAAAGAGGCCAGGAUGCCGAUGUAAAAGGUCAAAUACAGUAUGUUGUAAAGUGCCACAGUUACAGCCCAGAAGUUUGGGGAAGCCGUCAUAGCGCCGGCUCGCUUCCAGAAAACAGAAAGUAAUGGGACUUACUUUUAACACACAUAUGCAAUCAUGUAACGUCAUUUGGUACGGUUGGUAGAAAGCAGAGGGAAGUUAUUUUUUUUCCCUGUUUGCAGUGAUUUAUUAUUUUUUUCCCUAAGUGCCAUCUUAACCAAUAGGCUUGUUAGAGAACCUUUUAAUCAAGCUGCGAUUAGGACCCAGUGCUCUGUGCCACGUAAAGUAUAAGCUAAAGCAACACAGACACUCCUACGGAAAUGUGCGUCGUUCUGUGAAUAAUACUUGCAACGUUUGUAAAUUAGCAGGUGAUCUUGUUUUCUGCCAGAGAUAAUAUGCUAUAUUUUUGUACAUAGAGAAUAAUAUUACAACUGUGAAUUUGGUGCCGCUGUACUGGCGCAAUCACGAAAUGUACUAAUAUACAUUCAGAGGAAUGUGAAUCUAUCCAGACGGUUAGAUUGUGCUUCAGCUUAUUGAAAAAAAUUAAUAUUUCUACUCUUUGGACUUUCUGUAUAUUGUACAGUUACAGUAAGAGUCGGCCUUUAUUUUCUAAUUUUUCGACAUAUUGUUUAGUGUAAAGUAUAUUUAUUUGAAGUUUUAUUAUUUUAUAAAGAAAUAUUUAUUUUAAGAGGCAUCUUACAAAUGGUUCCCCCUUUUUUAUGAUGUCAGUUUCUACAGAUGGGGAUAACUGAUGCAUAUGUUCACUAUCAAAUAGAAAAUAUAUUAACGUUUGAAAUUAAA